UUUCAUGUAAUGAGCCACUAGUAUGGCCUUCAACAUCGUCAUACUGGAUCACUACAUGUUCCAUCACAUGCUAAAGCAACGUCAUACAACUCGGAUACAAGACUGUCAUACGAGCGCGUGAAGAUAUUUUUCGACCAAAAUUCACCUAUCGAUUUCCGUCCGCUAUGACGCUCUCUCUGGUUCCCAUGAACGCUCGUCAUCGGACACUCCUCUCUUCAAGGAUCGAUAUAUAUUCAACCAGAUUUACUUCGGGCUCCCAUCCACCACUCCCGCUUCUCCCUUCAUAAGAUGCUUUCCGCGCCAGUACUUGCUUCUGUAUUUGCCCUUGCCUCGGCGCUCGUUGGCGCUGCCCCAACUGGCAAUCUUACUGCUUCCCCCCCUCCUCAGGGUGGAAUCAAUACCACUGCCGAUUCUCCUGCUCCCGUCUACGCUCCUGAUUCAGAUUUUGACUACCAGUCACUGGCCCUCGCUCUCCACCAGGAGUGGAUUGAGCUCGAUCUUUUCCAUUACGGUCUUGUUCGAUUCUCUGAUGCUGAGUUUGAGCAGUAUGGUAUCAACGCAGAGCAGCGAUCGCUCAUUGAGUUCAUGGCCGAUCAGGAGGUUGGCCACGCCACUUUGAUUUCCAACAUGCUUGGUGCUUCUGGAGCUCCCAAGCAAUGCACGUACAACUACUCGUCGGCAUUCGAGACUGUUCCCGAGUACAUCGACUUCUGUCAGCGCCUCACUCGUUGGGGAGAGUCUGGAGUCUAUGGUUUCCUUCCUCACUUGGACUCCAGGCCCGCUGCUCAGCUCCUCCUUCAGUCCAUUACGACCGAGGCCAGGCAACAGAUGAUCUUCCGUCAGUUCGAGGGCUUGUUCCCUAUGCCUGUCUACUUUGAGGUUGGAGUUCCUCAAAACUUUGCCUGGACUUUGCUCUCCCGCUACAUCACUUCUUGCCCUUCGGAGAAUAAGCCUCUUGAGUGGAACAUCUUCCCUACCCUCGAAGUCGUCAACGGACCUUCUGGCAUUGAUGUUGGCUUUCAAUCGGAACCUUACCCCAGCGGAGGUCCUGCUAUCACACACAAUCGAACUGCACUCUCGUACCCUGGAAUGCAGGUUGAGCUAUCUUGGGAGGCUCCAGGAUCCGUCGUCGGGCCUUACAACCAGUCGACCAAGGUAGGAGCUCAGGUUAACCUUACCAACACUACCGACCUUUAUGUCGGAUGGAUUUCACAGCUUAACACUACCUACACUCCUCUUAACGUCACUUCCAACAUGACCGGCACUACCAUCCAGCCCAACGCAACCGUCUUUGAAGAGACCCCCAACGACCAGAUCGUCAACGGAACGUCCUUCGUCGUUAUCGUUUCGAACCCUCUCCAUGUCACUCCCUUCAACCUCUCGCUCAUCAACGAUUACGUCGUCGCUGGUCCUGCCCUCUAUCAGGCCUCAUAGUCAUGGGGUGAAAAUGAGCACAUAUCGCAAGUCUGUAUAGUAUUUUUUUUUGGUAUGGAACAUUUAUAAUUAUAUAAUCCUUGUCAUUAAUUUAUCGGAGGUUGACUCGGUUACAUGUAUUUCGUGUGUCAAGUUAGUGCAGUGUUGUAUCUGCGAUUAUCUAUGCAGGUUUCAAGUGUUUAGA